AUGGCCACUUGCAUCAACCGAAGACUAAAGCAGCAUAUGGAAAAAAUAGUAGGAGAAUAUCAAGCAGGGUUUAGGAAAAAUAGAUCUACUGUAGACCAGAUAUUUAUAUUGAAGCAACUACAAGAAGUACAUUACGAGCAGGGAAUCAACUUAUAUCUGCUGUUCAUAGACUUUAAAAUAGCCUACGACACGGUUAACAGGAAAAAACUGCUAGAAGCCAUGAAAGAACUGGGAGUCCCAAGAAAACUAAUAAAACUGACAAAGAUGACCCUGCAGAGCACCAGAAACAGAGUCAGGAUAAAUGGUCUGUUAUCAGAACCAUUCCAAGUAAGAACAGGACUCCGGCAAGGAGAUCCAAUAUCAACUACCCUGUUCAAUCUAGCACUCGAAGCAAUAAUAAGGAGAAGUGGCAUCCACAGAACGAGCACAAUAUACGAAAAAAGACACCAAAAUAUAGCCUUUGCAGAUGACGUGACAUGUUUAACGAGAACAGAAGCAGAAAUGAAGAAAAUGACAAAAAAUCUAAUCAGAGAAGCGAAACGAAUGGGUUUAGCGAUCAACCAAGAGAAAACGAAGUUUAUGAAGAUGGAAACAAAACAAACCCCAGCAAAACCACCGAAAGUAACUACAGAAGAAGGAACAACAUACGAAUUCGAAGAAGUAAAUAGAUUCAAAUAUCUAGGAGUAGUAAUUACAAACAAAAACGGUCAGCCGAAGACGAAUUUGUAUUUUUAUCCGCCUCUGACUAUUACAGUAACUAUGUAUAAACUAUUUUCGGCGCAACUUGGGCUGGCUCUUCUUAACAAUCGCUGGACUCGUGGUUCGACUGAAUGCCUCUGUUCCCCAUUGUGGCCUCUAUUUAAACCUAUUCAUGCCUCUCGAUCGAUCCAGAACGCCGCGUUUUCUGGGCCCGCAAUCGAGAUUUCCGAUUUGUGUUACAUUUUCGGAAUUGGAAAAGCUCAGCACUGUGUUAGAGUAGAAGCUCUACAUGCCCUGAACAAAUUCUUCAGCUACGGCAAAACAGUAAAAAUCAGGCUUGGUCCGACCAUUUUCCCCAUUACGGAAGGUCUGGCAACGGAAGAUUACAACCUCACCGAAUUUAUUCUCAGCAGCAACAAGUUUCUCAAAAAGUCUUUAAACUACUACUUUUUCAGAAGUUGGUUGGGAAACGGUUUGCUAAAACCGACUUCAGGCAACCACUGGAAGAAGCAGAGGAAAAUUUUGACCCCAACUUUCCAUUUUGAGAUACUCAAAGAAUUCGUCGACGUGUUCGAAUCAGUCGGGAACGUUCUUGUUGACAAACUGGAGAAGUACGAUGGACAUCCGAGCGUUGAUUUACACCCAUUGGUCUCUUUAUGCACGCUGGAUGUUAUUUGUGAAACUGCCAUGGGUACAAAAAUCAACGUCCAGAGUGGGCAAAAUUCUCAGUACGUGCAAAGCGUGAAAGUGAUGUGCAGAAUCAUCAUGGAGCGACUUUUUUCGCCCAUAAAAUUUUUUGACUUGACGUUCUUCUUGUCCAAGGACUAUUACAUUCAAAGAAAAGCGCUGAAAAUUUUGCAUGGUUUUACGAUGGGUGUGAUUAAUUCCAAGCAGAAGACACCCAUUAACACGACAACGAAGAAAAUGGCUUUCUUAGACUUGCUUUUGAAGAUUUCUAGGGACGAAAAUGCUCUCAGUGUGGACGAAAUUCGAGAAGAGGUUGACACAUUCAUGUUUGAGGGACACGAUACAACAGCUUCUGGAAUUUCCUUCACGUUGUACUGUUUAGCUGAACAUUCUGAAGUCCAGGAAAAAGUCCUCGAAGAACAGAAAGCGUUAUUUGGAAACGAAAAAAAUCCAGUGGUUACUUAUUCCGAACUGCAAAGAAUGAAAUAUUUAGAAUAUCUAAUCAAAGAAGUUCUCCGUUUGUAUCCCUCAGUUCCAGUAGUCGGAAGACUAGCACGCGAAGAAACAGAGUUUGAUGGCUAUCUAAUACCCAGACACACCAACAUCCUUAUCUCCAUUUUUCAUCUACACAGAAAUCCCAAUUAUUUUCCGGAUCCGGAGGACUUUAAACCUGAAAGAUUCGAACGUUUUGACGGUUCUUUUCCUCAUUCUUUUAUUCCGUUUAGCGCGGGUUCUAGGAACUGCAUCGGGCAAAAAUUCGCCGUUCUGGAGAUGAAAAGUGUUAUUUCGAAUAUAAUUAGACAUUUUGAGAUAAGGCCGACUUUUCCGAAGCACGAACUGGAAUUGUCACUGGCGGCUGUUUUGAAAUCGGAAAAUGGAGUCAAAGUGGUUUUAAGAAAGCGAGAUUAG